UAGACGCACGGCGCGCUGACGUCAGAGCGCGGCGCGCGGCAGAGACGGGCCGGGGACUGCGGGCGCCAUGAGCAAAGCGCACCCGCCCGAGCUGAAAAAGUUCAUGGACAAGAAGCUGUCGUGCUGCAGUGUGAGGGCAGGUGUCCCGUUCUGGCCGUGUCCCCUAACCCCCGUUCCCGCAGUGAAGCUGAACGGCGGCCGGCACGUGCAGGGCAUCCUGCGGGGCUUCGACCCCUUCAUGAACCUGGUCAUCGACGAGUGCGUGGAGAUGGCGGCGGGCGGGCAGCAGAACAACAUCGGCAUGGUGGUGAUCCGAGGGAACAGCAUCAUCAUGCUGGAAGCUUUGGAACGAGUAUGAGCCCCUGGAAAACCCCAAAUCCCAACCCACCGGUUCCGUUCCCUCAUCCAAGAUGCCACCCACGAGUGUACAAUUAUUUUGGUUUUGUUAUUAAAUCAAUUUUGUAAUGGUUGACCUAA